GUCUGUCCCUUUAAACGUGUUUGGAAUGGGGCCACUGGGUGCUUUAACUGCACUAGCCACGUGAGUUUGUUUCAGUGGAUUCUCCCGGCGCUGCUGCUGCUGCUGCUGCCGCCGCCACCGCCGCUGCUGCUGUAUUUGUGUUAUAUCUGGCGCUUGUCCAGACUCUCAUCGCUGCCUCCUUCGCCCUGCCUCCUCCUAUUUUUUCCACCCACGGGUAAAGGUGUUUUUUUUACCCAUCCCACUUUAAUCCGUGGGCCGGCCUUGAAUCACAUGCCCUACUCACACAAACACAAGCCCUCCCUUACCCCCCAAAUCACACACACGUGUGGGCACCCAGCGAUACUUAAAUGUGCUAACCUCUGCUAACCGCCAGCAGCUCAUGUAGGUAGCGAACUUGUGCCUCUCUGCCGUUACCUCCGGUGCCCUAUGACCUUGUUUGCCCUCGUCACAUCGAAUCCGAUAUCGAUCCCCUAUCAGUGGUGCAGUUCCCCCCUUGUUGCCUGAUCUCCUCUUUCCAUCCCACAGUGAGGCAUUUGAGCAGUUUCUUUUGUGUGAGCCCCUCUUGACUCGCUGGUCAGUGUAUUAAAGGAGAUCCCCUCGCUCUCCUCCUCUUUCCCUUCACUCGCUUUGGCAGCAGCAGUAGCAGCAGGACGUCCGGUUCGGCGGCUCCUCGUGUGGAUCCCUUAAGGUGCUCCAGGAUCGCCGGGCUUGUGCACACACACUCUCUACCAUGAGCUCAAGGGAAGGAGCCCGCCAAUCCUCGUCCGUGGAGCAACCUGCAUCCCCCUCGCAGUCUCCGAAGAGGGGGCGAGGGAGACCCCGGAAACCGCAAAAAGAGCCAACAGCUGGAGAACCCUCUCCCAAAAGACCUCGGGGUAGACCAAAAGGGAGUAAGAAUAAGAGUCCCUCCAAAUCGGCACAGAAGAAAGAAGAGGCUAGCGGUGAGAAACGUCCAAGAGGGCGUCCAAGGAAAUGGGAGCCAACUGCAGAGACAUCUUCCCAGGAAUCUGAAGACGACUAGACGACCACCAAUCUGAAUUUCUACCUCAGCCAGCAGUUGAGUUUCUUUGGUCCAGAUUUAGAAUCUUCAUUGAAUCUGGGUCUUAGAAAGGAAAAAGACACUGCCUUGACCACUUAAUUUCUACUACCACAGUCUUUCCACUUUUGCCUUGGGGACCAGGAAGAAAAAAAAAAAAAUCACAAAAUUUUCCAAGGACUUGUUGAUCAUUUUCUUUAUCUCUUCUCUGUCCCAGAUCUAGUGAAAGAAAAAACUGCUGUAAAACAGGGGAUUUGGAUUAAUGAUGGCUUUAUAAAUAAUGUUGUUUUUCCUUAACCUACUAAGAGUUAAUGCUGUUAGGAAAUGGUAUGUGGGUUGGAGAAAUGGAGUCAUUUUUAGUCACUUUCUGCACUGUAUACAGACGAGGAAACCUGCAUUAAAUGGGCAUUUAACUGGGAAAGGCUUGGUGUGCCACACUGUUUAGACCUUAAGUCAACCCACACCAGCCCUCACCAAUGAUAAGGGAUAAAUGCUAUUUUCUUUAUUUAGGCUUUGUCAUAAUCUCAAUUCUAACAAGUCAAUGUUAGUGCAAAUAAGAAAGUGGCCACACUUAUUUAGCUUUUCAACAAAACUGUCAUACCACAAAGUCUUCUGCAAUAUUUUAAUAUAGCCCAAAACAAAAUAUUGAUUAUACUGAACAAGUAAUUUGCAUGUGUCCUUAACUAACAAUAUAUCAAGAGUAAGCUAGCCAUAUUUUAUUCAAACUGGUAAAGACAAGUCUUUGAUAUGUAGACUUGUACACUUUGGAACUUGAAAUUUCUUUCUGCAAUAUAUUUACUGGCCAUUGAAUUCUAAGUUUUUAUAAGUCCACAUCACAUAAACACCACAAUGGCAACAGGUUUAACAAAUAGUCUUUUUUUUUUUUUUGAGAUAGUGUUUUAAAGGUUUGCUGAAACUUGAAGAGAAAAUGAGCCCCGUUGAUAAGUAGGUUUCAUCAUCCAUUUAUUUUCUCUUAAACAGACAUUUAAAAUAUGAGGUAAUUAACUAAAAUGUGCUGCGACCUUUCCACUGACCUGAACUAUGGUCAUGCAUUAAAUACAGAUGCUGUUCUGUUGGAGACUCCCUCAGCCAAGGCAGAGAAUGAAUGCUCUGUGCAGUGUGCACCAUAAACCGUGUCCUCAGUACUUUUUAAACAAUUAUUUAAGGAAAGAUAAAUGGAAGAUAAACACAAGUUAUAGAUAGGAUAGAUUUCCUUUUUCAAAGGUCAGUUAAUUGUGGUGUUUUGUAAAGGACUUUUAAAAAAGGUACAGAGUUGCACCUAAUUGGCAUAUCCAAAAAUGGCCAGUUCUGAAAAGCAUGUUCUUUUUUUGUUUACAUUCAGUUUGCAGGGUGUUUGGGAGCUGUCCUCUUGGGCAAUCUACAUGUUCUCCUGCAUACUCGAUGCAAGAAACAGGAGCAGCUGAAAUGAUCCCACUGGCUGCAGAGAAACAGUACAGUGAAUGAUAUAUACUUGAUAAUGCUUUCUUCAUGUAACCAUUAUAGACAAGUGUUCCUAAAAGCAUCCACUUCUAGCUUUGUUUCAGUUUAUGUUCACACAGAUACCAAAGGCAGUUGUUAAAUGUACCUGACCAUGAAUAUUUUGGAGUGCUUAUAGUGGGCAUGUAAAGUUUCUUAGCUUGCAUAUUAAAAACAUUGUGCUACAUUAUAUUGCCAAAAGUAUUCUGAUACCUGCCUGUCCAAAAUCUCAUUCCAAAACCAAGGGUAUUAAGUUGGUGCUCCCUUUGCUGCUAUUACAGCCUCAACCUUAUGGGAAGACAUUCCAAUAGAAUGCAACAUUUUUGUUGGCUUUUGCUUCCAUUUAAGCAAUAUAUAAAGCAGUGGGGAGGCUUGGCACUUAUGUUAGGGCUCAGGCUUGUAAUUCGGCUGUCUUUCCAGUUCAUCCCACAGUGUUUAAGUUGAAGUCAGGCCUCUGUACAAACCAGUCAUGCAGUGGUGUAACUAGAUAUUCAGGCCCCCAAAAUGUCUAGAGUGUAACCUAUUUUACCAAUAUUUAUUUAAAUUGUAUAUGAAGGAGGGUCUUAAAGGAAUCCUAUACCUCCUGGGCCUCCCUGCAGCUGCAGGGUCUGCUUCCCCUGCAGUCAUGUUUCAGCACGAUCCUGCUGGUCUGAUGUGAUGUGAAGAGUCCCUACCAAAAUAUUGCAACAAAAUAGGAAGCAUGGGAUCACAUGACAAUGUAAUUUAUUAUACACUUUUGUCAGCAAUAGAUAUGGCUUAAAUAGCAACCAGUAUUCAAAGUAUUCUGAAUACUUUUGAUCAUGUAAUGUAGAAUGUCUACAGGCAGUGCUGUCCAACUUCCACACUAUAAUGGAAUAUAUAGCCAGUAUACUUUCUAUUUAAUCUCCAUAUUACAUUAGUUAUGUCAAUUAAAGUUGAUAUAGCCUAUGGGCAAGCUGAUGGUCAUUUGAACCUUGAUCCAGAGGCCUCUAGUUGGACAGCCCUGACUGCAAGAGAUCAUUGGGAAACAAUAAUCAUUUUAUGAUUUGCCAGCUCUGAAAUACUGUAUGUAUGCUCAACAUUUACAAAUAUGCCCUCAAUUUGGGCCUGUGGUUUAAGAGUUUAUACUUUUAAUAGCAGAUGCUGUCUUCCAAGGUAGCAGCUACCUGGCACAUAUAAUUUGUGUGGCUGCAAGUGGAAUAUGCUUGAAAAAUAAGGGAAUGGACACUUAUCAGUCUGCUGCCAUCAUGUAAAUAAUUUCAGUGUACCUCAAUAAUAAGAACUUGAAAUUUGCCUUAUUGCAAUUUGAAUGGCUUUUAUUAGCGACCAUACUUGUGCUCAUUUAAUUUAAGCAGCUGCCAAAACAAUUUGUCUAUAGACGAAGAGAUUAUACUCAGAUUUACAAGAAUUACUGUAAAGAAAAUAAUUUAGGGAUUUAGAUGAAUAAUUAUUUUCCAUGUCCUGCAAGUAUACGGAAUCAAUUAAUUUGCCUGUAACAAUUAUCCUAAAAUUCCUUUUGGCUUAUGGGGUUGCCCAGGACUGAUUUUAAUAUAGGGGCAGGUUUAUCAAUUAAAGAUUUUUUUUUUAAAAAAAAAAAAAAAAAAGGGGAUAAGUAAACAUAGUAACCGUACUUCAUACUAACCCUUUAGAGUCCACGAGGUCCCUGACAGCCAGCACAGUAAAAUAUUUAUUCUAUGGUAGGCAAGUGGUGAAAUUGGAAUCUGAAUCCUUAAGAAGUAUUUUACAGAUAGUUACUUGUUGGCAUAGAAUAUUUAUUUUGCACUUUGAAUGAUUGCUUCAUUAUUUACAGGAAAAGUUCAAGUUUUGGCUGCUUUCCAUCUUUAGAAUGUCAAAGUGAGAUAUUCAAAGCAAUACAAGGGGUGGUCAUUUUGGUAUACAGACAAAAAUGUAUGCAAUACCUCUUGUGCAGCAUAAUGGUUCCUAUAGAAAGCCCCUAAACUGUUUCUUAUUACAAUACCACAUAUAGCAAACAGAUAUGGAACCUCUAAAGCCGGGGCGUCAACCAACCUUCUUUUAGCCUACGUGAUGUUUAGCAGUUUUGCAUUACAUUUCUUGACGGCAAAAUAAUUAAGUAAAUUGCUGUUUGAAAGGAUUCUCAAUUUGCCAAUAGUUAACUUCCACAGGUUAAGACUUUUAACGAAAUCAAAGAUUAAGACUUUUAAAGAAAUCAAAGAUUACCACUGAUUUCCAUACUUCAACAGUCUUGUUCUCAAAUGCUGCUAUAUUAAUUACAUUGCAGAAAAUUACAUUGACACAACUGUACUCCUACUUGCAACCAUCAAGUGCAAAUUGGGGUAUAAGUGAGCAGCAAAUUGGAGCACUUAUGUAACAAGCUCCAUAGUCUGCUACUGUGUUUACUUUAAUCCCCCACAUAUCUCAAUAUACUUGUGUGGUCUUUUUUUAUUCAGUGCCUGUAUUAUGAACUGUUAAUUUCAAUAUAUAUAUAUUUUUGUAUGGAAUUCCUCUUAGGUUUUUACAAAUAACCCUUGCAUUGUCAUUCAUGUGUAACAUUUUAGCUCCACCAACUCCAUAUACACAAAAUGGAAUUGAUGUCCAUAGUUGUACCUCACAUUGUUAAACAUGGACUAUUACCUUAACAGAAACUGCAAUACCUCUCAACUUCAAAUGCAAUGGAAAAUGUCAUUAGGGAUAGCAUUUAGUGUGUGUAAUAGUAUUUAGGACUGCAAUUUACUUAGAAUCCAAGGAUAUGCAGCCUUUGCCACUCCAACUGUAGUAGAAUUUGAUGUUUUGCUGGGACAUGGCGUUCCGCAAUACAAGACGUGUCAAAGAUUACAUAUCCUGGACCUAAUCAAAGUGUUUUGUGGGAAUUAUAUGAAAAUAUUAAACUGGUCCAUGUUGGAGUAGUGUUGUUUGAAAACUUAAACAUGGUCCACCAUGCGUAAAAACCACCAGAAAAACUUGAAAAUAUUGUAGGCGGGAAAAAUGCAAGCUUGGCUUUUGCAUAAUGCAAGCGUAACUAGGCAUGUAAUGUAGAAGACUGAAAUGCUAUUUUCAUGUAUUUUUCACAAAUGUGAUUAUUUUUUCUUCAAGAUUUAUUUUACAUUGUCAAAUAGAUUUUUUUGUAUCCUUUCCUCUCUCUCUUUAGCCAGUAUUUACACCUUUAACAUUGUAUUAAUAACUGGGCCUGUAGUAGCCCCCCAGGAGUGCUUCUGUCUGUGCUGUUUACACUGUGUGCCAAAAACCGAGUAUGCCCCUUGAUGCAAAUUAAAGUGUGUAUGGCAAAGCAUUGAAAACCUGUAUGGAUAUCCAAAGGAGCAUGUAUUGGUGUUAUCAGACGGCACUUUCACUUGUUUUCUUGGAAUCCUAGGUAGACUGGAUCCAGAACAGCAGCAAUGGGCAACCUACAGCCAUCUUCAGGGCCACAACUCUUGGUUUAAACUCCACAGUGACACUAGAAAAUCUAUACUUCUUAUAGGCUGGCCAGCUCUCUAGAUUGAACUAUUCCAGCUAAGUAGUGUAUGCUGAAGCAAAAUACAGUACUAUGUAAAGACACAAAGCCCUGGGGAGCCAGCAGCUCUGAUAAACGUAAUCAUGUUUAUUUUCUAUAUGUUUUAGUACAAUCAGACAUUACUACCUCUUAGGGCUUACUAUACCUCAAUAUUUCAGACUGAACAAAAGCAGCUGGUGGUCACAUAGUCAGAGAGAACAUUAUAAAUUUUUAUGCAUAUAGUUUAUUUUUGUGGGAGAUAAAUUUUAUAAAACUGUUCUUUGCUGUUAUUGGCCCCAGCUAGACAUGACUGGACAUUUAACUUUUCUGUUCCUUUGCAACAGGAUUCUGAUUGUGAGACAAAGUAUCAAAAUGCUUAACUGAAGUUUUGCUUUAUAUGCUUUAAAAAAAAAUCCUUUUCUUUGAGUGUUGCCUAACUUUGCCUUGCUCCUUUCCUAGACUUCAUGUCUGUGAUUGUACUUUGAAUUGCUUGCUUGUUGAACAUUUUUUAAUGGAUUAUCACAGUCUGUUUAGCACAAUAAACUUAAUACCCCUUGUUA